CUGAGCUUCCGGGGUCUGUAGCUGGAGCGCCGGAGGAAGAGAAGGAUCAGCUGAACUACAGAAGUGUGGACUUUUUAAGAGGGAUCUUGCAACACAGUAGCGAUAGCAGCGAGAGUGGUGGCUGAGUUGUGAGAGCAGCUCUUAACAGAAGAGGAAAAUACAGGCAGUUGCGUAGAAGAUGCUUCUGCUACUUUUAAGUCACAUGUCUGGCUGCAUUUUGGCUCCAGUGGAAACAAUAAACGGUAACAGAGUGACCAACAAGACACAAACCAUAUAUAAAUACUAUGAAGUUGGGCUUCGACCAGAUGCUAUGAUACGCCACCGUUUACUAAAUUGAUUUAGUAAACAAAUCAGUUAAGGUAUUGAUGUGGAGCUGCAGUCUUUCUAGGUUCUAGUGAGACCAGAAAAGAAUCAAGACUGUUUGUCUAAACAGUGGGCGGUCUUUAUAAAGGCAGUAAACAGGCGUCAGCCUGAUUAUUGCAAGUGGUAAAAUGUGGGCUACCUCUAGUGGCUGGAGGACCACCAGCACCCCUUUUACACUAAGGACUUAGAAGUGGGAAAAAUACUGAAACAUUUAUGAAAUGAAAUUAUUCUUCUGAACUUCAUCACCAACAACCAGGAUAUUUAACUAAGAGCAGUGUUAAACUGCUGAAAGAGUUGAAGCACAAGCCGUCCUGAAGAAUCUCCAGAACACGCAGACAUUUUUUGAUACGUUUAACAGACAAAUGAAGCCAAGUCCUGACAUGGAGAAACAGCAGCACUCUGUCAAGAGUUUUACUAAACAGAGUGAUCUCAAAAUUCACCAGCACAUUCACACAGGAGAGAAACCACAUCACUGCUCAGACUGUGGGAAGAGUUUUACUAAACAGAGUAAUCUCAAAAUUCACCAGCGCAUUCACACAGGAGAGAAACCGUAUCACUGCUCAGACUGUGGGAAGAGUUUUACUAAUCAGAGUAAUCUCAAAAUUCACCAGCGCAUUCACACAGGAGAGAAACCAUAUCACUGCUCAGACUGUGGGAAGACUUUUAAUCAACAGAGUACUCUCCAAAAACACCAGCGCAUUCACACAGGAGAGAAACCGUAUCACUGCUCAGACUGUGGGAACAGUUUUACUGCACCAAAUACUCUCAAAAUACACCAGCGCAUUCACACAGGAGAGAAACCGUAUUACUGCUCAGACUGUGGGAAGGGUUUUACUACACAGAGUAAUCUUAAAAAACACCAGCGCAUUCACACAGGAGAGAAACCGUAUUACUGCUCAGACUGUGGGAAGAGUUUUACUGAACCGAGUAGUCUCAAAAUACACCAGCGCAUUCACACAGGAGAGAAACCGUAUUACUGCUCAGACUGUGGGAAGAGUUUUAAUCAACAGAGUAAUCUUCAAAAACACCAGCGCAUUCACACAGGAGAGAAACCGUAUCACUGCUCAUACUGUGGGGAGAGUUUUAAUCAACAGAGUAAACUCAAAAAACACCAGCGCAUUCACACAGGAGAGAAAACUCCAUCUCAAAUCUGUUAGAAGGCAAUUAAAAGUGCAAAUCGUAAAUCUUUCAGACAGAACACCUUAUCCUACACAAAUGUUUCACUUUGUCACUUGGGACACGUUCCACCAGAAACAAACAUGAACUGAAUUUAACAAUGGAUUUUACAGGUUCAGCAAAAUGAAUCUCAUCCAGCGAUCAUGUUUAUUGAGCUCCAUGUUAUGUUUUCUAAUAUGUUCAAUAUUCCAGGACAUUCUUUGUGAGACAGAGCUGAGCUUUUAGGGUAGUUACGGUAGGAGUUCAGUUCUGAAGAAUGGAAAAAACGUAGUCUUUAAAAUUUAGAUGUCAUAGUGAGUAGGAUUCUUAGCUGGCAACUAAAUGUUUUGGACCAAACCUUCAGAGCUUAUGAUUUUAAUGAUUUUAACCCCCUUUCUAGUAUAUGCAGAUUUGAUUAUUUCUAUUAAUUUCUAGUAUCUCUUUUUUCACUCUGUGGAAGCCGUCCUCAGUUCCCCAAGCUUAGCAUAGCUUAGCUUAAUGCUAUUAACUGCUAGGCCCAUCUGUAUGAAAGAAGAACUGAAAACACCACCUGAGGAACUCCAGAGAGAGUGCUCCCAAAAGUGAGACCCAGAGCCGCAGAGAGACGACACUGCUGGGUAUUGCCAUGUGGACCAGAGGAGCAUCCAGACUCUGCAGAGAGGCCAACAAAAUCCUUUCCAGAGGUUAAAUAAAACGCUCAAGCUGUAGUUCUCAAACUGAAAUCAACCCACUCCAGGCUUGUGUAGUGCAGUAAGGUUGUGGGCUCAUUCAUUCCCUCUGAUGGGGUUCUUGUUUGUCUAUGGUUCAGUCGUUCUGAUUAAAAAUCUGUUACCAUAGAGGGAUAUUUGGUUGUUGUAUUACUCAAGUUUUAUGCUCUCUUAUCUUUUUCUUAUUGAAUAUUAUAUGUUGUUUAAGGUUUUUAAUCUCCAAAAUGUACUAAGAAUAUCCAAAUCUUGUAGUUUCUUAAUUGUUUUUAUCCACUAUAAACUAUUAUCUUUGUAUUGCUUCACCUCUAUAUUUACUCAUCUGUGUGUUUUAAUAAACGGCUUUUAUAUUGCA